AUGGUUUCAGUGAAAGGGACACAUGCAAGGGAACCCAGCGAGGACACCUGCAAGAGCGACACCAGUGAGGACCCCAGCAAGAGAGACACCUGCAAGAGGGACACCAGCAAGAGAGACACCUGCAAGAGGGACACCAGCAAGAGGGACCCCACACCAAGCAAGAGGGACACCUGCAAGAGGACACCUGCAAAGAGGGACCCCAGCAAGAGGGACCCCAGCAGAGGGAACCAGCAAGAGGGACCCCAGCAAGAGGGGGAGGGACCCCAGAAAGAGGGACACUUUAAAGCAAGAGGGACCCCACCUGCAAGAGGGACACCAGCAAGAGGGACCCCAGUGAGAGGGACCCCCCAGCAGAGGGACACCUGCAAGAGCGAUGACACCAGCAAGAGGGACCCCAGCAAGAGGGACACCUGCAAGAGGGACACCAGUGCAAGAGGGACACCUGCAAGAAAGAUGGACCCCAGCAGAGAGGGACACCUGCAAGAGGGACCCCAGCCAGAGGGACCCCAGCAAGAGGGACACCUGCAAGAGGGACACCACAUAAAAGGGACACAUGCAAAGGAACCCAAGAGGGACACCUGCAAGAGGCUGACACCAGCAAGAGGACACCCAGAGGGAAGAGGGAGACACCUGCAAGAGGGACACCCUGACAAAGAGGGACCCCAGCAAGAGGGACACCCUGCCAGCAAGAGGGACACCCAAGAGGGACACCAGCUAGAGGGACCCCAGAAAGAUGGACCCCAACGAGAGGGACACCUGCAAGAGGGACACCAGCCAGAGGGACCCAAGCGAGGACACCUGCAAGAGGGACCCCAGCAAGAGGGACACCUGCAAGAGCGAUGCCAGCAAGAGGGACCCCAGAACAUCAGCAAGAGGGACACCUGCAAGAGGGACACCAGCAAGAGGAGGACACCAGUGAGGACCCCAGCAAGAGAGACACCUGCAAGAGGGACACCAGCCAGAGGGACAGGACACCUGCAAGAGGGACCCCAGCAAGAGGGACACCUGCAAGAGCGACACCAGCAAGAGGGACCCCAGCAAGAGGAGGGAUGCAAAAGGGACACCCAGCAAGAGGGACACCAGCAAGAGGGACCCCAGCAAGAGAGACACCUGCAAGAGGGACACCAGCAAGAGGACACCUGCAAGAGGGACCCCAGCAAGAGGGACACCUGCAAGAGCGAUGCCAGCAAGAGGGACCCCAGAAAGAUGGACCCCAGCGAGAGGGACCCCUGCAAGAGGGACCCCAGCAAGAGGGACACCUGCAAGAGGGACCCCAGCAAGAGGGACCCCUGCAAGAGGGACCCAGCAAGAGAGGGACCCCAGCAAGAGGGACCCAGCAAGCAAGAGGGACACCAUCAAGCGGGACCCCAGCAAGAGGGACCCCAGCGAGAGGGACACCUGCAAGCGGGACCCCAGAAAGAUGGACACCAGCAAGAAGGACCCAAGCGAGAGGGACCCCAGCGAGGGGGACACCUGUAA